UCUGUCCUAGUGCUGGGCAUAAACUUUAUGCCCUCCCUCUAAACGAAGUUAGAAAGUUUAACAGAAAAAGGGAUGGUGGCAAGAAUAGGUUUGCGCGCAUGCGCAGCUCCAGCCCUGAGUCUCCUUUUGGCGCCCGGGGCAGUGAGAAUCCGUGAGAAAUUUCCCGACGGCGCGGAAGAUGCGCGCCACUUCCGGUCGGGCUCCUAACAACGGGGGAGGCUGGUAACCAGGGUGGGGGGGGAUGGCGGAGCGGGCGCUGGAGCCCGAGGCGGAGGCGGAGGCUGAGUCCGGCGCGAAGCCUUGGGAACAGGUCCCCAAAAAGCCAAAGCACAAGAAAAGGCGGCGCCGCAACGUGAACUGCCUGAAGAACGUGGUCAUCUGGUAUGAGGACCACAAGCACCGCUGCCCCUACGAGCCGCACCUGGCUGAGCUGGACCCUACCUUCGGCCUGUACACCACAGCUGUGUGGCAGUGCGAGGCCGGCCACCGCUACUUCCAGGACCUGCACUCACCCCUGAAGCCCCUCAGCGACUCAGACCCCGACAGUGACAGAGUGGCCAAUGGCCGGGUGGCUGGUAGCUCCGAUUCGUCCAGCUCCAGCUCUGGCUCUGACUCUGAGGAGCCCCCCGAGAGCCACUCAGUCAAGGGCUCCUCAGCGGUGACAGCAGCGGCAGUGACAACAGCGGCAGUGACAGCAGCAGUGCCUCCUCCCAGCCCCGUGGGGAGCAGCGGGCUCAUCACACAAGAGGGCGUGCACAUCCCCUUUGACGUCCACCACGUGGAGAGCCUGGCCGAGCAGGGUGCCCCGCUGUGCCCCAACCCCGCAGCCAGCGGCCCCGAAGCCCUGGAGACGGUGGUGUGCGUGCCAGUGCCGGUGCAGGUGGGCGCAGGCCCUGGCACCCUCUUUGAGAACGUCCCCCAGGAGGCGCUGGGUGAGGUGGUGGCCAGCUGCCCUGUGCCAGGCAUGGUGCCCGGCUCGCAGGUGAUCAUCAUCGCGGGCCCUGGCUAUGACGCCCUCACAGCGGAAGGCAUCCAUCUCAAUGUGGCUGCGGGCAGUGGCACCCCCAGCAGCGGCCUGGGCGAGGAGGUGCCCUGCGCCAUGAUGGAGGGCGUGGCAGCCUAUACCCAGACGGAGCCCGAGGGCAGCCGGCCCAGCGCCGUGGACCCCACCUCUGUAGCCGGCAUGGAGACCAAGAAAGAGAAGGAGGACCUGUACAUGCUCAAAACAGAGGAGAAAGAGGAGCUGGUUGCCCCACAGCUGGCGGAGCUGGCAGCUACAGUGCCUGAGAGCACGGAGCCCGAGGCCGAGGCAGACGGCGAGGAGCUGGACGGCAGCGACAUGUCUGCCAUCAUCUACGAGAUCCCCAAGGAGCCCGAGAAGAGGCGGCGGAGUAAGCGGUCCCGGGUGAUGGAUGCUGACGGCCUGCUCGAGAUGUUCCACUGUCCCUACGAGGGCUGCAGCCAGGUCUAUGUGGCCCUCAGCAGCUUCCAGAACCACGUCAACCUCGUGCACCGGAAAGGGAAGACCAAAGUGUGUCCUCACCCCGGCUGCGGGAAGAAGUUCUAUUUAUCCAACCACCUGCGGCGGCACAUGAUCAUCCACUCAGGUGUCCGGGAGUUCACCUGCGAGACCUGCGGCAAGUCCUUCAAGAGGAAGAACCACCUGGAAGUGCACCGGCGCACGCACACCGGCGAGACACCUCUGCAGUGUGAGAUCUGCGGCUACCAGUGCCGGCAGCGCGCGUCGCUCAACUGGCACAUGAAGAAGCACACGGCCGAGGUGCAGUACAACUUCACGUGCGAGCGCUGCGGAAAGCGCUUUGAGAAGCUGGACAGCGUCAAGUUCCACACGCUCAAGAGCCACCCCGACCACAAGCCCGCUUGACCCGCCCGGCCGCCGCCCUUCACCCCUAAUUUAUUCGUCCCCUCGGACACCGUGCCCGGCCCGCGGGGGCCUGGACAGCGUGGGGCCGCCGGACCGGCCGGAAGGAGGCGGCCCGCCCUGCCCUGUAGCCUCUCAUCCGGGUGCCGGUGCGGGGCCGCGCUGCCGGAACCGUGGAGAGAGCGGAGCCAGAUUAAAGCGCGCGGAAGGAGCA